AUGAGGCUGCCGGGUUCUGACAAGUUGAAGACGCUGUGGGACAAAUGGGAAAUCCGGGUGUUCAUCCUGGUCAGUCUCUCGCUCCAGGUCGUGUUGACGCUGCUGACGCCCCGGAGGAAACGUUCCGGAAACGUGGUUGUGAUCUCGUUGAUCUGGACAGUCUACUUGCUUGCCGACUGGGUGGCCGCCGCCACGGUCGGCAAGAUUUCCAGCAAGCAAAUCAAUGGUUGCGGGCUCUCUGAGAACGCCGAUAUCGUGACUUUGUGGGCACCUUUCCUCCUACUCCACUUGGGAGGCCCUGACACCAUCAGUUCCUUCUCUCUCCAGGACAACGAGCUGUGGCCUAGGCACCUUUGCGGGCUCGUUCUGCAGGAUCUCGCCGCCGUUUAUGUCUUCUUUAAGUCGCUUCCAGGAGACAAGCUGCUGUUGCUGUCGACCAUUCUCGUGCUUGUCGCAGGGACCGUUAGGUACGCCGAGCGAAUUCAAGCUCUAUAUGCAGCGAGCUUGGACGGACUCGGGGAUUCGGUGUUCCGGAAGCCAGAUCCAGGACCUGAAUAUGAGAAAGUUGUGGAGAUCUACAAGUCCUUGAAAGAGAGCGGCAUGCCUACGCAGUUCGUGACGAUCGAUCACCGCAGAAGCAACUACUCACCUCGUGCUCCCAAAGAGCAUGCAGCCACGACCAAUGAGAAAUCACCACCAAGGGCGGUCCUCCAAACUGGGUACCAGUUGUUUAAGACCUUCAAGGGACUCAUGGUCGGCUACGUCUUCACCACCAAAGAACGCCGGGAGAGCCGCAACUUCUUUAUCGAGGAGGACGCCCUACACGCUUUUCAGCUGGUAGAAGUGGAGCUCAGCUUCCUGUAUGAGAACCUCCACACCAAGACAUUUGUUUUGGGAUACAAAUGGGGAAGGAUCUGGCGCCUCAUCAGCUACUGUUCCAUCUUGAGUGCCUUGGCCUCAUUCUAUAUAGUUGAGAAGGAUGGAUUCCACAAGUCGGACGUCAUCAUCACCUACCUCCUGUUCUUUGGGGCAGUUUCCCUAGAUGUCAUCUCCCUCUUCAUACUGUUGUUCUCUGAUCGAACUGCCAUGGCCAUCGAAAGCAAAUGUUACGAUCCCAUUUUGUUCAAUAAGAUACCAAAGUGGAUGAUUGACUCAUUCCAGGAAAAGAUGAAUAAAAGAAAGAGGUGGUCAGGAAAGGUGUCCCAAUGUAAUCUAAUAGAAUUCUGUCUGCAUAAAGAGAGCAAUUCACUUAACAAGAUUGCCGAGCUUGUGCAUAUGAGAGGUCGUCUGGAUAAGAUCAGGCUGAGCUUUUGGCAGCACAGUUGUGAGGUGGAUAACAAUCUAAAGGAGUUCAUUUUCAAGGAGUUGAGCAGGAGAUCCUUGGUCGCCAAGGAUGUUGAAUCUGCUUUGAAGAUUUCUUCUCACCGAGGCAGUUGGGCUCUUUCAGACGCUGGCAUACAUCAGAACAGCGAGUUGUAUAGUAGCAUCGUCGAAGUUUCCUGCGUCGAAAGUGUCCUACUGUGGCAUAUAGCCACUACACUCUGCUAUGAGGACGGAACAGAUGAGGACCGCAAGAAGCGAAAAAUAUGCAAGACACUCUCAGACUACGUGUUCUAUCUUCUGGUCUUGCGACCGAAUAUGAUGUCCGCCUUCUCGUCCAAUUGGCAGUUGAUGUUCCAAGACACCUGCGCUGAAACCAAGAGAUUUUUGAGAAAUAUGCAACCCGAGAAACAAGGCGUGAAUCUGAAAAGCACAUGCGAGAAGAUUCUCGAAGUGGAUACGCCUGUUAAACCGAGUUAUAUCAAAGGUUACUCGAGCAAGUCCGUGCUAUUUGCCGCUUGUUCCCUUGCGAAAUGCUUGGAAAAAGAGCUCGGGCCGAAUAGAUGGGAGAUAAUGGGAGGAGUGUGGGUGGAGUUAUUGUCAUAUGCUGCGAACCACUGCAAGGUCGAUGUAAACGCAGAACAACCGAGCAAGGGCGGAGAACUUCUGACCAUUGUCUGGUUUCUGUUAAACCAUUUCGGCUUGGGAACGCAAUUCGACGUGGAUGAUGGGGCUAGGGUCCAAAUUGUAGUGAAGAAGUAA